CCUCUGUCACCAAUUUUCUCUAGUAAUGACAGUAAAAUGAUUGAAUAAAAUUUAUGAAUCUCGUAAUGGUAAUUUCCCUCCCUCCAAUCUGAAGGAGGGAGCAUAGUACAAACCUAGAAUGUAGUUACAAAGGAGAUUAACCUAGCCUCCACUCUCUAUGACACCUACAGUAUUUUAAGACCAUUUGAAAGUAAGGCUUAAACUUCAAGAAUUAGUGUAGAAGAGCUUUCUGGACAGUAAACAGAAUACUUGAUUAUGUAUGAUUUUGGUUACAAAUUUCUGAUGGCUUGAUCUUUACUUGGUCCUCAGCUUUCGAAUUCAUUUGAAGAUUGAUAAAGAAGAGCCGGGAUUACUUUCUUCUGGAAGGUACCUUCUUCUAUUGAUGUUUUGAGUUGAACAUUUGAUAUUUAUGGCAUCUCAGCUUCCUUUUGAUUUCGCUUCUUGUUCUAAUUAUUUUAGUUCAGAAUUUUUGAAAUUUUGCUUGCAAGCUUGAAACUUUAAAUGAAGUUAAUCCAAACUGGCUUAUUGGUGCUUGUAAUCAGCUUUGAGAGUCAUUAUAACAAAAUUGCUCGAAUAACUUGAAAGAAGCACAGCAGGCUUAGUUAUUAUAUUUCUUGUUGCCAAAGUUCUAACCCUUAUUUUAGAUUAUCACGAACAGUAAUAUAUGGAUCUGGGUAGCUGUACAUUAUCUUUCUCACAACACUUAAAGUGAUCAGUAUGAUUGGUGUGAAGCACUUUGGCAUGAUCAGAAAUUUCUGAC